AUGAACAAUAAAAGUGAAUAUUUACUUAACUUCAAAGGCUAUAACUUUGAAAGAUCUUUAGUUGACAUGACCACAGUUGAAAAUAUGAAUGAUCGGGAAAUUAGAGAUGAUGAUGUCUUCAUAGUCACAUAUCCAAAAUCUGGUACCGUCUGGGCACAGCAGAUCCUCAGCCUGAUUUAUUUUGAGGGCCACCGAAACAACACUGAAAACAUCCAAACACUAGACAGAGCACCAUUCUUUGAGUACAAUAUUCAUAAUGUGGACUUUGCCAAAAUGCCAUCACCUCGUAUCUUUUCUUCUCACCUCCCAUAUUAUUUAGUGCCAAAAGUUUUCAAGAACAAAAAAGUCAAAAUUCUUUAUAUCUACAGAAAUCCUAAAGAUGUUUUAAUCUCCUACUUCCAUUUUUCAAAUUUGAUUGUUUUACUUGAAGCCUCAAAUUCUGUGGAAACAUUUAUGCAAGCAUUCCUCGACGGAAGAGUGGUAGGAAGCAAUUGGUUUGACCACAUAAGAGGCUGGUAUGAACACAGACAUGACUUCAAUAUUAUGUUCCUGAGCUAUGAAGAUAUGAAGAAGGACCUCAGGGGCUCAGUGCUCAAAAUCUGCAGUUUUCUGGAGAAAGAGCUGAGUGAAGAAGAUGUGGAUGCUGUUGUGAGACAAGCUACGUUUCAGAACAUGAAAUCUGACCCGCGAGCAAAUUAUGACGAUAUUAUAAAAAAGGAAAUUGGGACAAGAAAUGAUCAAGGAACAUUUCUCCGCAAAGGAACCAUUGGAGACUGGAAGCAUCACUUGACUGUGGAUCAGAAUGAAAGAUUUGACAGAAUAUUCAACAGGAACAUGAAAAAUAUUCCCUUAAAGUUCAUCUGGGAUAUAAAUGAGGAGUAG